UUUCAGCGUAGCCAUAUCGUUGCUGAAGGGGAAACGAAGUCCAUCGUUGACAUGCAUAUGGUAUAUUCUCGGCUGCGUGCCCUGCCAUUAAAUGACAGUGUUUGGUGGUGCGAGAUUAGUUGGAGGGAGACGAGAGGCGGAGAUGAGUGGAGUCGUGGAAAGGGCUCUGACGUGCCUUGGGAGGGGCUUCGACGUCGCAUGCGACUUCCGGCCGGAGUACUGCAGGGGGAAGGAGAGGCUGGUGGUGAUAAAUGAGGAUGAGAAGAGGGAGCUCGCUGUGCCCGGGUUUGGCCUGUGUAAGGAUGUUUCUGUUGAUGUUAAGUGCGAUAAGGGGGAUCGGGUCCGGUACCAGUCCGACGUGCUCGAGUUCAAUCAGAUGUCGGAGCUGUUCAACCACAGGAGCUCGCUGGCAGGGAAGAUCCCCUCCGGCCUGUUCAACUAUGCGUUUGCCUUCGACGGCAGCACAUGGGCUCAGGAUGCGUCGAACACGAAGUUCCUUGCCAUGGAUGGCUACUUCAUCACUCUCUUUGAGCUGCGAAUCGAGCACCAGCCACUUGCUCUUGUUGAUCAUGUUGUCAAAGCUGUUCCUUCAACUUGGGACCCCUGCGCAAUCGCAAGGUUUAUUGAAAACUAUGGCACACAUAUAAUAGUGGGGCUAAGUGUGGGAGGUCAGGAUGUGGUUUAUGUGAAGCAAGACCAGUCCUCCAGCCUUCCCCCAUCUGAACUCAAACAACAGCUUGAUAAGCUUGGGGAUCAGCUGUUCACAGGGACAUGUGCACUUCCUCCUUUCUACUGGAAAUCUAAAGAACAUAAGCUUAAGGUUCCAGAGGCUUUCAAUGUGUUUGACCUACAUAAGAAUGGUGUCAAGGGGGUUGCUCCGGUUGUUUGCAAAGAUGGUGUGACAGUCAUGUGCUGUAAGAGAGGAGGAGAUACUUCAGCAAGCAGCCACGGCGAGUGGCUUCUCACUGUGUCUUCAGUGCCGGACAUUAUCAACUUCACCUUCCUUCCCAUCACCUCACUGCUCAAGGGGGUCCCCGGAUAUGGAUUCCUGUCUCAUGCCAUUAACCUGUACAUUCGAUAUAAACCCCCACUAUCAGACUUGCACUACUUCCUGGACUUCCAAUCUCACAAGUUCUGGGCUCCCAUGCACAACGAUCUACCCCUUGGUCCCAUCUCAAACAGGUCCAUGCCAACACCAGCACUUACUUUUAGCCACAUGAGCCCCAAGCUCUAUGUCAACACUUGUCAGGUCACUGUCGGAAGGCGGCCGGUGACCGGAAUGCGACUGCACCUGGAGGGCAAGAAGAACGACCGGCUAGCAGUUCACCUCGAACACCUGUCACACACGCCUGCAUUCCUCGGAGCACAGCCCGAUCAGGCGCCGCUGUGGCGGGGAACGGACGUGAUCGCCGACGAGCGGUACUACGAGCCGGUCCAGCGGAAGAAGUUCGCGCGGGUGUGCACUGCGCCGGUGAAGUACGACCCCCGGUGGGCGACCGAUGGCCGAGGAGCGACCGCGUUCUUCGUCACCGGAGCUCAGCUUGCCGUGGAGGCCCACGAGUCCACCAGCGUGCUGCACCUCAGGCUGCUGUACUCCGAGGUGCGCGGUUGCGUCGUCGGCCGGUCGCAGUGGCAGCGGGGCCCGUCCUGCCUUUCUCAGAAGCUGGGCUUCUUCUCGUCGGUGAGCGGCUCGCUGUCCGGCGGCUUGGACAGGGAAAAGCAGCCUGGCCCGGAAGCCGUGGUGGACUCAGCUGUGUUUCCGUCGGGCCCACCGGUGCCAGUGGGGAAGCAAAAGCUGCUCAGGUUUGUGGACACCUCUCACCUGUGCCAGGGCCCUCAGCACAGCCCUGGCCAUUGGCUGGUGACGGGUGCGAAGCUGGACGUGGCGAAGGGGAAGAUUAGGCUGCAUGUCAAGUUCUCUCUCCUCGCCUCGAUCUCGUAAUGUCUGGGAUCAGCAUAUUUAUGGUUUCUUUUCUCAUUGAACUGUGAAUAUUUGAGAUCAUAAUGUAAUUAAAGAAGCAAUUGUAACAUUGUUUUUACCA